CUGUGGUGAGCACGCUUAGUCUCUGCAACAAGUGACAACGUUCACAGUCGAAAUAAAGCGACGCAACUUAAGUCAAAAUGAAAUAGAAUAUGACGCUGUUAAAAGUUUGAAAGUGCUACAAUUCGUUGACCCUCUUCCUCGUAGAACUCUACCAGAACCAGCAUUAUGAAGUAAACAACCCGAGACAUUCCGAACAGAAGACAUCUAACUAAAUUAUUUGAAACAUCAGAAGAACUCCAGGAUGAAACUUGAAAUGGACAGUUUUGACGACAGAGAAAAAGUGCAACCUCCAAAACAAUUUUUUGGCAAGAGACACGUGCAGUACCUUCUACUCUUCAGUGUGACUGUGAUAGCCUAUGGCCUUAGAAAUAUUCUCAACUUGGCGGUCAUCCCUAUGGUUAGUGAAACUCCACCAGAAGGAGUAGUGACAUACCCCCAUUGGUCCGACAAGAAGAAUGUGAUACUCUCAUCUUUCUUCUGGGGUUACGUUCUCACCCAAAUUCCAGCAGGACAAAUCGCAGAGCGGUACGGGCCCAAAAGGUUUUUGGCCGCCGCCAUCAUGAUUUGCUCGGUCUUUUCUUUACUCAUACCAGUUUUCGGGGCAUGGUUUGGAUAUGCUGGAGUGAUGAUAUGCAGGAUUGUCCAGGGAUUGAUGCAGGGAUUCAUUUUUCCAUCUAUUCACCAUUUGAUAAGCGCAUGGGUGCCCUUGAGCAACAGAGCAAAAAUUGCUGGAUUCGUGUAUGCAGGUGGUCCUCUCGGAACCGUCAUGGUGAUGCCAAUAGCUGGAUAUUUCUCGGAUUCCAGGAUGGGUUGGCAGACUGUGUUUUAUCUGCUUGGAGGAGUUGGUCUGGUAUGGGUUGCAAUGUUUCUGAUUUGCGGUUCAGAUAGCCCAACCCAUCAUAAGACUAUCACGAAAGAAGAGCUCAGAUUUAUCCAAGAUGGCGCUCCUCCGAAGAAGAAAACAGAGAAACUUCCAACACCGUGGAAAGAAAUACUGAGGUCAAAACCAUUCUGGGCGAUAUUGAUAUGUCACUUUGGCGACUUGUGGGGAUUUUGGACUAUGCUCACAGAAAUCCCUACGUACAUGGACAAGAUUUUAAAAUUCGACAUAAAAUCGAACAGUACUUUGUCUGCCCUUCCAUACUUAGUCUAUUGGCUGUUAAAUUUGGUGAUGAGUCCUAUUGCCGAUUACCUUAUUACCAAAAAGAUUGCGUCUGUCGGUGCCAGUAGAAAAAUAUUUAACAGUAUAGGUGUCUUCAUACCAGCGAUCGCACUUCUUGCUUUGUGCUUCAUAGGGCCUGAACAAAGGAUAUUGACAGUGUUCAUGUUAGUAAUAGCGGUGGGAUUCAAUACGGCUAUUUUGAUGGGUUUCCAUGUGAACCACAUCGACAUUGCCCCAAAUCACUCGGGGACUCUUAUGGGGAUCACGAAUGCGAUUUCCAACGUUGCCGCAAUUCUUGCUCCAUUAGCCGUUGAUGUGUUCAAAGCUGUUGGUGGAUAUGAGGAAACUGACAAACAACUCUGGAACGUGGUUUUCAUAACAGCCACAGUAUUAUUCUCCACAACAGGUAUGUUUUACAAUUUGGCAGCGUCGGGUGAAGUACAGCCCUGGAAUGACUUAAGUGUAAAGGAAACAGAGGAGAACCCAGAGAAGAAACCCAUGUACAAUGGCGACAGCUGACAAAACAUUCCGCGUGUCGCAAGAACUUCACUUACUUGGUAGUGAGAACCAGUGAUGGAAAACUUCCAAGUUCAUUAGUCAAAAAAUGGUUACCUUGAAUUAGUUGUUUUGACUUUUGGAAGAAUAAAAUAUGUUAUGAAAGUAAUCGAUAACUCGGUUGUGUGUCAUUGAAUCGAAUCAAUUCAUAAAUAUUUAUUCAAACAAUA